ACCUCCUAAAAGGCAAUUGUGGUUUUAAAUAGCAUUUGCUUUUUCUUGAAUUAGAAGAAUCCAUGGGAUGCCAAACAUUGGCCCAGUUCCUGCCCAAGUCACCCAAAUCGCCCAGGUCACCACAGCAGGGUGUGUUGGACCAGGGAAGAAGCGGCCAGCAAGGGGAGCAGGCUGAAGUUAACUCGGACGUGACACCCAGCCGGAAAAGAACAGAGUCGAAUUCAGCCAGGAAGCCUGGGAGUCCAGGCAAGUUAAUAAAGCAAACAACUGAGGGCAAACCAAAGCCCAGACCUGGAGACCUGAUUGAGAUUUUUCGAAUUGGCUAUGAGCACUGGGCCAUCUAUGUAGAAGAUGAUUACGUGGUCCACCUGGCUUCCCCAAGUGAGGAAUUUGAGGCCGGCAGCAUCACUUCUGUCUUUAGCAACCGAGCUGUUGUAAAAUAUAGUCGCCUGGAGGAUGUGUUACAUGGCUGCUCCUGGAAGAUCAACAACAAACUAGAUGGGACGUACUUGCCCCUGCCUGUGGACAAGAUCAUCCAGCGUACAAAGAUGAUGAUCAACAAGAUUGUACAGUAUAGCCUGAUUGAAGGCAACUGUGAACACUUUGUCAACGACCUCAGAUAUGGUGUGCCCAGGAGUCAGCAGGUAGAGCAUGCCUUGAGGGAGGGCGUGAAGGCUGCAGGAGCGGUUAUUUCAGCGGUGGUGGACAGCAUCAGGCCCAAACCAGUGACUGCCUGAAAGUGCUGAAAACUCCAAGUAGAGGAAGGGCUAUACUGACACGAGCAAACAGAACACACCCCCUUUCCUCCCUUUGCCUUCCUUUCUCAAUGAGCCCUCAUA